AUGAAACAUAAGAUAUUUAUUUUAAUCAUAUUAUGUUUAGCUAACACAUAAGAACAAUGGGAUACUAUAUACCAAAGCUUUCAAGAUACUAACACAAUGGAUGCAUCUGGUUAUUUUUAUAUUAAAUUAUUUAGGCUGGAUUGUAAGUAAUAAUUAUUUUGGAAAAUCAUUUUACACUUGCGAUGGUAUUCGAUUGUUUGGAGGAUAUAACGUAUUUGGAACUAAUACAACAGUAUCGAAGCACUUUUCCUUACCUCCUCAUUAUAAAAUAAAUGUUUCUUUAGAAUUCUGGAAGUAUUUCUUAUAUAAAAUAUUAGAGUGGAUAGUUGGAAUAAGGAAUAUGCCUAUGUUAUUGUGGAUGAUGUGUUAUGGUCAAGAAAAUUCUAUUAUACUGAUGGGGUUUAACUAUGUGGAUCGACUGCAGAAGGUAGGAAUGAGAAAAGUGAACCUGUUACAAUUAUAACGAAUCAUUAUUCUGAAUCAUUAAUGCUAAUGCUGACUACAAAUCUGGAUGAGCAACCCAAUUCAGUAAAAUAUAAUUAAUAUCAAAGGAAAGUUGGGGAUUUAGAGAUUUUACUUUGUCAAUUGUAAAAUGUCCUUCGGGUUGUUUAUUUUGUUCAGACAAUGAAUAUAAUAAUUGUAAUUUUUGGUUUAUUAUUUCAUCAUUGUGGCAUGAAUCAAUUGAAUUUGAUGGAUGGAUGAAAAAUGAUAAUGUUUAACCUGAAACAUAUAAAUGUGUAAGUUUUGACCUUGUUGGAGGAUAUCUAAAUUUAGCACCAAAUGAUAAAUUAGAAAAAAUUAUAUAAAAUUUGAGUUUUCAUUAUCAAAUUUAAAUAAAUGUAUAACUGUGGAAAAUUGAUACAUGGAAUAAUGAAAACUUUGAGUUAUUGGUAGAUGAUUAAAUUUAAUAUUAAACUGUUUUAGGAACUGCAGGUUUUUAUUCCAUUUGUGGAUCCACUGGAUUAGAAAAAAUAUUUAAUAUUGCAGUUAAUCUAUCUCAUUCAUCAUCAUCAUGUAAAAUAACUAUGAGAACUAAUCAUAAUCCAGCAACUACAAAUGCAUAUUGGGGAAUAAGAUCAUUUAAUCUUUAUAUAGCAAAACACUGUUAUGAUGGUUGUGAUCAAUGCCGAAGUCUUUUAAAAACUGAUUGUACUGCUUGUUUAAGUGGAUGGGUCUUUUACAAUAAUUUAUGCAUUUUUCGUAUUCAUUAAAUGUAUUAUAAGCAUCUCCUAUGUUGGGUAUAACCAUCAGAAUUACUUAAAUUAAAGAUCCAAGGUCAAAUGAAAGGAUUCCUAUGGAAAUCAAUCUAUUAGAAACUAAUUAAUAAAUAGUUACUUAAGGAUCAUUCACAUAUACAAUUAAUAAUAAUUUAUCAAUAUUGAAUAUUAGAGUUUAUGCAAAAUGUUAUCCAAAUAAAAAAAUGUAAAGCUAUUUUAUAAAGUGUAUCGAAUGCUAAUCUUAAAAUUAAUAUUAGUUUUAACAUUAUUGUUAUGGAGCCAUCAAUUCUAUAAUCUAUAAUGCUAGAUUUCAAUAAAUGACAGUUACAAAUUAAAAACUGAUAAUAAAUACAUCUGAUACAGAAUGUUCAAUAUAUCAAGUAGUAAAUGUUGGUCCAGAAUUGUUUCAAAUUAAAUUAUUGGAAAUUUUAUAGAAGAAUGUUUGA